UUUGUUUUGCAACCAAACGGCGCCCAUAUUUCCCUCAAAAGUGAAAAUGAGCAACAACAACCAUGUUCAAUUCAUUCAAAUUAUUAAUCAUUUCCAACAAAUUCAAAUCUAAGCUACGCUAAGAAGACAAACAACUAGGUUUUCAUCUUUUUCUUUCUUAAUUUUCUCAGAUUCAGAGUGGUACUUCUUGAUCCUGAUCAACUAACGGUUGGUUUGUCAAUUGUGAUGAGAGCUAUUUGUUCAAUUUCGAAGCACCGAGGAGCUAUAUAGUUUUGAUGAGUGCAUCGACUGCUUGAGCAGCUUUUACUUGCUGGGCCAACCUGAACUGUACAUUUGUGAUUGUAAAGUUGGAAUAAAUUGACCAAUAUGGUAAAUCCAUUACGAGGGGGAGUUAUAAGAAAACCAAAUGAAACAAUGAGGCUAGUUGUGACAACUUUCAUUGGAGUUGUAUUUGGCUUCUUUUUAGGAGUAUCAUUUCCAACACUCUCAUUAACUAAGAUGAACCUCCCGUCCGGCCUCUUUCCUUCAAUUGACCUUACAUAUAUUGAGGACAAGUACUCAGGCCUGUCAACACGAGCUUUUUUCAAAGCUUUCUCCUCUUUAAGGGGUAACAGAGGCGGUUUCAGUCAAGUUUACUCUUUCAAUGAUACAAAGAUCUGGGUUCCAACAAAUCCUCGUGGGGCUGAAAGACUACCACCUGGCAUAGUUGCUUCUGAGUCAGAUUUCUAUCUUCGCCGAUUGUGGGGUCUGCCCAGUGAGGAUUUAACCAUCACACCAAAAUACCUCGUCACUUUUACCGUUGGUUAUAGCCAGAAAAAAAAUAUCGAUGCCGCAGUUAAAAAGUUUUCAGAGAAUUUCACCAUUCUGUUGUUUCACUAUGAUGGUCAAACAAGUGAAUGGGAAGAGUUUGAGUGGUCAAAGAGGGCUAUCCAUGUGAGCGUUCCGAAGCAAACUAAAUGGUGGUAUGCAAAACGUUUUUUGCAUCCUGACAUCGUUGCAGCUUAUGAUUACAUCUUUUUGUGGGACGAGGAUCUCGGUGUCGAGCACUUUAAUGCAGAGGAGUAUAUAAAAUUGGUAAAGAAACAUGGUUUGGAGAUUUCACAGCCGGGAUUGGAACCAAAUAAGGGAUUGACAUGGCAGAUGACAAAAAGGAGAGGUUAUAGUGAAGUUCAUAAAGAUACAGAGGAGAAGCCUGGUUGGUGUAGUGAUCCACAUUUGCCACCAUGUGCAGCAUUUGUUGAGAUUAUGGCAACUGUGUUCUCGCGUGAUGCAUGGCGUUGCGUUUGGCAUAUGAUUCAGAAUGACUUGGUACACGGAUGGGGUCUGGACUUUGCCCUCAGAAAAUGUGUCGAGCCUGCUCAUGAGAAGAUAGGAGUUGUAGAUUCACAGUGGAUUGUUCAUCAAAGUGUUCCUUCACUUGGGAACCAAGGGAAAUCAGAAGCUGGGAAACAACCAUGGGAAGGGGUGAGGGAGAGGUGUAGAAAGGAAUGGAGAAUGUUUCAAGACCGGCUGUCCAGUGCUGAGAAAGCUUACUUUGAUUCAAUGGGAAUUGACCCAUCAAACUCAACAGCUCGUUAGAUUAGUUGGGGAGGUGGAUUUGAAUCAUGCAAACCAGAAUAUAUAGAGAGUUGACAUUUACCUACCACCCCUAUUGUACUUAAAUCUAGUCAUGUAUACCCAUAAAUGUUUUAGUUGUAACACUAUGUUCCUCUUCCUGGAUUUUUUUUUCCCCAGAAAAUCCAAUCUGCAUUAUUUUAUUA